AUGACUAGCAGAGUAGAAGAUGUCAAUGUCAAUGUCGUCUCCGGAGGUGUUACUGAAGAAUCGUUUCAUGAGCUUCUUGAUCUGCAAAGCUCUGCCGCUGUGAGCCUCGUAGUGAUUUUCACAAGUGCCACUAUUACACCCUCUUCUUCCGCCCGUCUCCUCCGCUUCCUCUUCAUCCCCUCCGACUCCGCCCACUUUCGCGCCCGUGCCAAGGUUUCCUUAUCAUUCGUGCUCUUCGCGGCCGCCUCCGCAGCUUCUGGUCUGGCGGCGGCGGUGUCCCUAUGCGGGCUUCGAGCCAUUGGUGAGGGCUUUUGGGUGAUUGGAAGGGUAGGGUUGAGGGGUUUCUUCGUUAGUUUACUUUUUGGUUUGCAUUACGUUUUGAAGCGUCGAUGGGUUUUGGAGUUUCCCAUCAUUCAGCGGCCACCUUACUUCAGCUUCAAAAUGGGAGUUCCUUCGGCUGGUAGGCGCGCUCUCAAGCUUUCCAUUGUGGCUUCCAUCUUCUCAGCUAUUUUAUUAGAGCUUCUCCCACAUCCAUUUAAGUACAGCAUUUCACUGCAGAGAUACUUCACCGAACAGAUCGUCUUUUCUAUUGCCACUUUUGCUAUCUUCUUCUGUUGGGAAUUGACUCAUCACUUGCACCGGGUUUUACAUACAAAGAGAUCCAUAUUUGCACCUCCAGCAGAAACAAAUCCAACUGAACAUCUCCUUUUAGCUUUGGAGGAGAGUGAUCCAACAUCUCUUCUACGCUAUCUUGCGUAUCUUGAUCUCUGUAUGGUUUGCGAGAAAAAUGUUGACACUUGGAGACGUGCAGCAUUUUUUGAAGAAACUGGUGAGACUUACAAGAGAGUAAUCACUGUGUGCUUGAAGCCACUGGAGCAACUUGCCACAAUAUUAAGUGAAGGCAUGGGAAAUUCUGUUGACAAACCUGCACAGCUAUCGAAUCAGUUAUCAUCUCCGACUGAUCCACGACUUGAUUCAAAGUGCUUAGAACAAUUGCAGCUUCUCCAGCUUUACACGUGGUGUUCAAGAUCUGUUGCCUCACUGACUGCCUGUUCACGCAAAGAAGAUAAGUUUGGGGUUGCUCAGCUCUCUGGGAGUAAUGCUGCUGUAAUUUCAACGCUGAUAUCCUGUCUUCUAGCUGUUGAAAAUUUCAUGGGAAAGAAAAUAAACCUGCAGUCCCAGCACCAGCUAUUGGGACCUGCCGGUAUCAGAUGGGCAACAAUGAACGGUGGAAGGGUGGAUGUUUCAUCUGGUAAAAGAAGAAGUGGCCCAGUAAACUCAAAAGCUUAUGUUAUUGCUGAUGUUCUAAGGACUUCAAUAUACCAAAUAGUAUCAGCAUUCCAUGAUGAGAUGUUAGCUGGUGCUAAAGCAAGCCUUCUUGAGAAGGACUGGAUUACCAAUGGGAAACCAGCUUUUGGUACCCGUGAGAUGCUUAUACAAAAGUUACGUCUUUUCCUUGAUUAUAGAGCUACAUAACUUGAGUGUAGUAUUGGGGUUUGGAUGCCAUUUUGUUGGGUUGAUCAAAUAUACUCAUAGGUUGUUGUCAAGUGGAGAUGAAAUAGGAUGAAGAGGAUUCAAAUUUGCUGUCAGAAAUUUCAGAGAGGAUAUUAAUCUGUAACGAUUUUUUUAAAUAUGCUUGAUUUUGCAGGUAAAAGCACAUAAAAGCACGAGUUUAUGCGUUUUUAUUU